AUGGCACAAGUCGAGCAUAACGUGUCAUCAUCCCAGCAGACACCAAUAACCUCAUCCCAUGCUGACAAUAACAGAGAUGGUGAACAACCUGUAGGGACAGCUAUCCAGAAUGUGGAAGAAGCUCCUCCUUCUUCUAGCGACAAUGCCACUCAACUCCAAAAUCCCAACCAACAGGGAAGGAAACGAUAUAUGCGUCACACUCAGCACCAAAUAAAAGAGAUGGAAAACUUCUUCAAGGAGUACCCUUACCCAGAUGAUGAGCAAAGGAGAGAGCUUAGCGAUUUGAUCGGGCUGAACUCCUCACAAGUAAGAUUUUGGUUCCAAAAUAAGCGCUCCCAGAUGAAGGCUAUGUUGGAACGUCAUACUAAUGAUAUUUCGACUGCUGAGAUUGAGAAGCUUCGCGCUGAGAUUCUUAUGUACAAGGAGGCAUUGAAUAAUGCUAAGUGUGCUAGUUGUGGAGGCCAAACUUAUGUUCGUGAAGUGUCCUAUGAAAAUCAGCAAUUAAGGCUCGAGAAUGCUCGACUAAAAGAAGAGAUAGAAAAGAUGGCAGAAACAAUUGCUAAAAAUCCUACAUCGACUUCCUUCUCUAACAUGCCACCACUACCAACUCACACUCUAGUUCCUUCGAACUCUCUUGAUGUUGUUAACUAUGUUCCGCAACCAUGCAUGUCAGUGCAAGUUCAUGGUGGUAGAUGGGACACUCAAAGGUCAAUUAUCAACACUCCUUUUACAGAACUUGAGAAAACCUGCAUGGUGAAGCUUGCGGUUGGAGCAAUGGAGGAAUUUACCAAGAUGGUUCACAAUGUAGCACCUUUAUGGAUCCCUGGAUUUGAUACUGAGAUUCUAAAUCAACAAGAAUACUUUAAGGCUUUCUCUCUAGGACUAGGUCCAAAACCCUUGGGGUUUAGAUCUGAAGCUUCAAGGGAAACUACAGUUGUUAUCAUGAACCCAAGUAACCUCAUUGAAAUACUAAUGGAUGUGAACCAAUGGUCAACUAUGUUUCCCAAUAUUGUUUCAAGUGCAACGACAACAGAAAUCUUAUCAAUUGGAGUGCCAGGAAGCUAUGAUGGAGCCUUGAAAGUGAUCUCAGCAAAGUUUCAAGUGUUGGCACAUCUUGUUCCAACCCGUGAUAACUAUUUCUUAAGGUACUGUAAGUAUCACCCUGAUGGGGCAUGGGCGGUUGUUGAUAUUUCCUUGGACUAUGUGAGACCUGAUGCUGCCUCCAAAUGUAGAAGACGAGCCUCUGGUUGUAUGAUUCAAGAAUUAACAAAUGGUUUCUCAAAGGUUACAUGGAUUGAACAUGUAGAAGUUAAAGACAAAGUGGUGCAUGAUCUCUUUAAACAUCUAGUUACUUCUGGCUUUGCCUUUGGAGCUAAACGGUGGAUAGCAACUUUAGAUAGACAAUGUGAACGUCUUGCUUGCACAAUGGCAUCAAACAUUCCACCAGAGGACCUUAGUGGGAUAACUCCUGAAGGAAGAAAAAGCUUGAUGAAGUUGGCCGAGAAAAUUAUGCAGAGCUAUUGCUAUUAUGUUGGUUCUUCCCCACAACCACCACAUGUUUGGACAGUCCAAACAAUACCACCUAAUGGGGUUGAUGAUGUGAGGAUCAUGACCAGAAACCAUACUGACGCAUCAGGCGCAAUAAUCGGUCUUGUUAUCAAUGCUGCAAUAUGUUUCUCGCUUUCAGUUCCUUCCAAGAGUCUCUUUGAUUUUCUUCAAAAUGUAAACUCAAGAAACCAGUGGGAUAUUCUCACUGACGGCUUUCUAGUUCAAGAAAUGGCACACAUAGCAACCGGUCGUGAUCCUGGUAACUUUGUAUCUUUACUUCAUGCCAAUAGUUCAAAUGGCAAUGAAAACAACAAGGCCAUAAUUCAAGAGGCUUGCACUGACUCUACAGGCUCAUAUGUGGUUUAUGCUCCAAUUGAAACUAGUAUCAUGAAUUUAGUCAUGAGUGGCUCCAAUCUAGAUUAUGGUACCCUGCAGCCCUCGGGCUUUGCCAUUCUUCCUGAUGGGCCUGGAUUGAGUGGAGGGCCCAUAACAGAUGUUGGAUCUGGGCGUUGUUUAGGAACAUUUGCUUAUCAGGUAUUGGUUAAAGAAACACUAGCACCACUACCUCCUGGUAUAGUGUCCUCUUUGUACAAAUCGACGAAGGGCACAAUUGAAAAAAUCCAAGCUGCAAUGAUGCGCGAGAGAACCUGA